CCCUCAGCGCGGUGGGAGGGUACGGGGGGCUCCGGCGCCGCUUCCCGCUGGCCCUGGCUCCCAACGGCAGCGGCCCCUGCGGCCGCCCCCCGCCCGACGCCUUCCGGCUGCUCCGGCCGCCCGGAUCCGCGGAGCUGCCCUGGCCGGGGCUGCUGCUGGGAAUGUCGGUGCUGGCCGCCUGGUACUGGUGCACCGACCAGGUCAUCGUGCAGCGCUGCCUGGCCGGGCGCUCCGUGACCCACGUGCGGGCCGGCUGCGUCCUCUGCGGCUACCUCAAGGUGCUGCCCAUGUUCCUCAUGGUGCUGCCCGGCAUGGCCGCCCGCGUGCUCUACCCGGGCGAGGUCGGGUGCGCCGACGCCGCCAGCUGCGCCCGGGUGUGCGGGAGCCCGAGCGGCUGCUCCAGCGUCGCCUACCCCCGGCUCGUGGCCCGGCUGCUGCCGCCCGGGCUGCGGGGGCUGCUGCUGGCCGGGCUCGUGGCCGCCCUCAUGUCCUCGCUGGCCUCCGUGUUCGCCAGCGCCGGCGCCCUCGGCACCCUCGACCUCUACCGGCUGCUGCGGCCCCGCGCCGGCCCCCGCGAGCUGCUGCUGGCGGGGAG